UGAAGUCGAACGCACCUAUUGCGUCACGUGAACAAGGGAGUGUAUGUCCGCUGACGGUUAUUUCUUCCUCUGGAGACGUCGCAAGGCCAACAAUGUGCACCCGUGUCCAGCCAAUUGAGUGGACCACUGACUGCAAGAACCAAAAUUACGAUGGCAUCUUGUUGGUCACCCAGAACCAUGAAACUCUUCCCCAUGAACUGGAAUGCUUGAAAGCACCUCUGCAGGACUACAGCUCUGUUGACAGUGGUCUAGGGGAGGAGGUUGUGGUGUUGAAGGUCCCUGGUCUCCCUGGUAACCGCCUUGUGUUUUCCUCUACUGGCCCUGUUAUCCGUGACUACGAUGACAUCAGGCGCUUCAGUGAUGCUGCCAUUAGUGGUAUCAAACGGGCCAUGAAAGCAGGCAUGCAGCGCCCUCUUCUUAUCUGUCCAUGCCACAGCAGCUACAAGAGGAGCACCCUGGUGGCUGCCCUGGGGGCCUUGCAUGCUCUCUACAUGCCUCUGGAGGUGAGGGAGGCAAGUCUGAAGCCCAGCCCAUACAAGGUGUGUGUCCUGGGACUGUGGGUGGCCCAGCAGGCCCAGGGACAGAUACUCUUGGACCUGGCCUCUGCUCUUGAGGGUGGCAGGCUGGUGUGCCGGGACAUCGGAGGGUCAGAUCCAGAGCGUAUGGCUGCUCCUCGUGUGACUGAAUACGUCCAGGCUCUCUUUAAGGACAGCCCUGUUCAGGUGGAGGUGGUGAGUGAGCUGAAGGUGCUGGAGAAAGAGUACCCCUGUCUGGCUGCUGUUAACCGUUGUGCCAAUGCGGUGCCCCGCCACCAGGCCAGAGUGGUGAAGCUGCAGUACUGUGGAGAAGGCCCAAUCCAAACCACCCUCAUGCUGGUGGGCAAGGGAAUCACCUAUGACACGGGAGGAGCAGACAUCAAGGCUGGAGGCAUCAUGGCGGGGAUGCACAGGGACAAGUGUGGAGCAGCAGCUGUAGCUGGCUUCUUCCAGGUCCUGGCCAAGAUGAAGCCUAAGCAUCUGAAAGUAGUUGGCUCCAUGGCCAUGGUGAGGAACAGCGUAGGGGCAGACUGCUACGUGGCUGAUGAGCUAGUGGUGUCGCGUGCAGGUCGCAGGGUGCGUGUGGGGAACACUGAUGCAGAGGGCCGCAUGGUUAUGGUGGACUUGCUCUGUGAGAUGAAAGAGAAGGCGGUACGGGAGGUGUCUCCUCAGCUCUUCACCAUCGCCACUCUGACUGGCCACGCCAUCCGUGCCAUGGGACCCAACUACUCUAUCAUCAUGGAUAAUGGGCCUGCCCAUCGCUCUGGGAAUGCUCUGCAGUGGCAAAAAGCUGGGGAGGUGCUGGGGGACGUGUUUGAGGUGUCCAGUAUCAGACGUGAGGACUAUGAGUUUCACAAGGGCAAGUCUGAGUACGAGGAGAUCCUGCAGAGCAACAACCUACCUUCCUCUGCAACCCCCCGAGGUCACCAGACCCCUGCGGCUUUCCUCAUCAUGGCCUCUGGCCUAGACAAGUAUGGGCAGGACUCAGACCAGCCUCUACCCUACUCCCACAUUGACAUCGCUGGCUCCAGCGGUCCGUUCCCUGGAGUUCCUACUGGUGCCCCCAUUCUCGCCAUGGCCACAAACUACAUCCUGCCCAGUGCCUAACAACACACCAUCCUGUCAGCAUCUCCUAAUAUAGAAACAGAAUCAGUAGAAUGUUUCUUGAUAAGUGACCGUCCACGUGUAAAAGGUGCCAAUUGCUUAUACAAUGCACAGAACACAAUAGUGGAUUUGAAAACAUUCCAGAAUACUUGUCUUCUUUCAUGAAUUCUUCUAUAACCUUGCAAGUUCCAUCCGUCCGACUCAGCCCAGCAGUUCCUAACAUGUGUUUUCACUGUACUCAGGGAAGAGACCAGCACAGAGUAUUUAUUCCAUCCAUUUUCUAUGUGUGCUAGUUUCAAACUGGAGUGUGGCAGUGCAUUUUAUGAUUGUGUGCAAGAAAAUAUCAAACACUCCAAUAAAAUAAUUGGUAUGUUCCUUCAAGUAAAAA